GACGUCGCUUGUCCGAGUGAUACUGACGUUGGGGUGGGUGGGUCUCUGACUGACUCUCUCGCCUUGUUUUGAGCGAUACUCUCGAACCGAAUACCUUAUCUGCCUCGGUAGGCCAAGGUGGUUGCUUGCUGUUGAUCGAUAAAUUUCCUGGAAACGAGGGAGGGAGGGAGAGAAUGUAAUGGCUGCUUUGGCUUCUCUCGCCGGCGUCUUUCAUCCUACCACCACGUCGACGGUCACCUUCGGCAGCGGGACUUUUGGUGGAAUAAGGAAUUGCAGUUUCUCUUCUUCCCGCGUCUCUGCCAAGGUCAGUGAUGAACAACCAUCACAAAAACACAGUUCUCGCAGAAUAUGGAGGAGAAGGAAGUUGACAAAGAAGGAUGAUAUGUUGACUUAUAAGCUGGACCGGAUUCCUUUUCUGGAAGAACAAGUGAGGAAGAUCAGGGAAACUGGAAAGCUUAUGACAUUGGACAUUGAUAGGCUGAUGCUACGGGAAGAGAACAGAUUUGAUUUUGUGAAUGAGGUAGCACAUGAAGCAAAGAUGUAUGUUGAGAGGAAUCGCGACGAAUAUGGUGGAUCAAAGAAAGCCAUAUUCCAUGUUCUGAGUAACCGUAUGAAUGAGGCUGGGUUUUACCGGCCAGAGGCAUACAUGGAAACUGACCCUUUCAAGCCUGGUCCUACUUAUCUGAAGGAAGAACUAUAAUAUAAGGGUUAGUUUCUCUCUUUCACUUGACCUGGAUGUCAGUCACUUUGUAGCCAUAGAAGUUUUGGUAUAUGUGCAAUCACUCCCGGUUCCAAUGAUUGUUGUAGCUUCAUUGCGUGCAAAUUUCUGUUAGCGCAUGUCAUCUGAUCAUAUGAACGCAAAUUUUUGUUGUUUUCUGAGUUAUCUUCUUCUCUUUA